CUCAUGAGGGAAAGGUAAGUCAAUAUUACGUUUUUUUUCUCCCCUUCCUCCUCGCUGACAAAGGCAAAUGAAGCCAUGUUUUUGCUUACAAACAUCUUAACGCGUGGAUGCGGAGCCAUGCGCCGAUGCGCUGCGUAAGGAGAGGCCGCUGCGACCUUCCUCCCGCUCCCCCCCCUCUCAUUCCUCGCAUCUUUGGAAACGGGAUAGCUGCUGUCUACAAAUCUUUACUUGGGAUAUCUUUUAAAGCGAACAAAUUGAGCAGCGGCGGAACUCUCAGAGCGCAGCGAGGACCUUAAACCAACACAUCUAAUUGGAUGCAGAAAAUGAGUUUCGGGGUGAGCUGGUGAACCAGCGGUGGACACGAGGCGAGAGGAAUAGCAGCCGCUGUCAGGCCUCCCAGAGACUGCAGAGCCGUCGACCAAUCAUGAUGAGUGUGGAGGGUGACGACAAGCGAACUCGCACUCGGUCAAAGGGAAUCAGAGUUCCCAUUGAGCUCGUAGGACAAGAGCUGAGCUGCCCCACCCCCGGAUGCAAUGGCUCCGGCCAUAUCAGUGGGAGAUACUCACGACACAGAAGCCUUCUGGCUUGCCCCAUCGCCAGGAAGCGCCGUCUGGAGGAAGCUGAGCAGGAGCAGGAACAGGAAGCAGAGAAGCCCGCCUCCAAGAGGAAGUCCCACCCCCUGAAGCUCGCCUUGGAUGAGGGCUUCAGCGCCGAGAGCGACGGCAGCAGCGAGGCAGAGGAGGAAGCCGAGAAGGAUGGAGGGAAGGUGGAAAAGGCGGUCACCGGGUCAGGAGAGGAGGAAGAGAAGGAUGGAGGUGCGGAGGAAGAAGAGAUAGCGGCUGAGUCCCUGGAGAAGGAUGCUGAUGGACUGAUGAAGGGGCAGGAGGAAGAGGAGAAGGAGACGCAGCAGCAGGAGGAGGAGAAAACAUCAGCAGAUGAUGAAGAGCAAGAGUGUGUGAUUGUGGAGCCGGAGCACCGAGCCAAUUCGCCCGACGCUGAGGUGCACCAGCCUCCCUCCCAGAGCCCCGAAGAGGUGGCUGACUCCCUGCUCCACCUGGGCCAGGUCUCCAACGGCCACGCUGUUGGCGUGGUUGUGCAGCAGAUUGAAGAUGUCAGAGCGGCAGCUGAACAGGGUGAAGAAGCAAAGCAUCAGCAGGAGGGGGCCGCGCGCGAGGAGGAGGAGGAGGAGGCACAAAGAUCUCCGGAGGAGUCAUCUGUUCUGCAGAAUGAGGCGAGGAAGGUGGAGGAAGAACAAGGGGAGCGUGUUAACAUGAGCAACCAUGUGAGCCGUGGCAAACAGAUCAAAGGCGAAGAGGAGGAGGAGAUGGUGGUGUCGGUGCAGCAGACGCAGGAGACCCCGACAGACGAUGAGGAGGACGAUGAGAAAGAUGAAGAGGAGCAAAGGAGGCCUUUCCUCUCCAUAUCUGAUGUGCCAACCGCCGUCCGAACUAUCACCAGCACAGCAGCAGCUCAGGGAACUCACAUCAAGACAGAAAACCACAUCAUUCAGGAGGACUACAGCAGCGACAGGUACGACUCGCUUCAAAACUUCAAAAGCAGCCCUCCUUUAAGCUUCAGCUCCCACAGGGCCAGCCCGCUCGAUGACUACUACUCCAUCCCAAGAUUGGAGAACUACAAACUCCACAAGGCCUCUUCCUCGGCCUCCCCGGAUGUCAUCGAAGUGCGAUCCGAUAAGUCGGAGGACAAAGACUUUGAUGACCUCGACGGGGACGAUGAGCGAGAUGAUGAAGACAGCCUGUCUCAGCGUUCCACGGUGACCGAUGAGUCGGAGAUGUUCGACAUGACCAGAGGGAACCUGGGUCUCCUGGAGCAGGCCAUCGCUCUCAAGGCCGAGCAGGUGAAGCCCGCUGGGCCUAGGGAGCUGCUCCGAGCUCCAGACCUCCACCACCAGAGAUACUUCACCAUUGAGGACAGACCCAAGCACCUAGACAUCAUCCGGAAGACCUACUUCAGCAAAGAGAGGCCGGAGAAGAGAGAGAACAAGUGUCCCACGCCAGGGUGUGACGGGACGGGCCAUGUGACCGGCCUCUACCCCCACCACCGCAGCCUGUCAGGCUGUCCGCACAAGGACAGGAUCCCCCCAGAGAUUCUGGCCAUGCAUGAAAAUGUGCUGAAGUGUCCGACUCCUGGCUGCACCGGUCAGGGCCACGUAAACAGCAACCGCAACACACACCGCAGCCUCUCCGGAUGCCCGAUCGCUGCUGCGGAGAAGCUUUCCAAGACCCACGAUAAGCAACACCUCGCUCAGCCGGGCAGCGAGCUGCUCAAAGGAAGCCCCAACGACAGGGUGCUGAGGCCCAUGUGCUUUGUGAAGCAGCUGGAGGUGCCCCAGUAUGGCAACUACAGGCCCAACAUGGCUCCCUCAACGCCGCGCGCCAACCUGGCCAAGGAGCUGGAGAAGUACUCCAAGGUCUCCUUCGAUUAUGCAAGCUUCGAUGCCCAAGUGUUCGGAAAGCGCACGCUCGCUCCAAAGAUGACCACCAGCGAAACUUCACCCAAAGCCUUCAAAACCAAGCCCUCGUUCCCCAAGUCGUCCUCUCCCACCCUGAGCCUCCACGCUUACGGGAAGAGCGCCACCCUCCCCUACGACUACUCCCACGACGCCGAAGCUGCCCACAUGGCCGCCACCGCCAUCCUCAACCUGUCCACUCGCUGCUGGGAGAAACCCGAGAACCUCAGCAUCAAACCGCAAACCAAGGAAAUGGACAUUGAGGUGGAUGAGAACGGCACGUUGGACCUGAGCAUGAAGAAGCCUAUAAAACGGGAGGGCAGCGUGUCCGGCACCAGCCCCGGGGUCCGCUCCCCGGAUCCGUCUUCGUCCUCCUCCUCUUCGUUCCAUCACAGCGGAAACAGUGGAAUGACGUCCCCGAACCUUCAUACGUACAAGCAGGAAGACUGGGAGGGACCUCUGGAUUUCACCAAACCCAAUCGCCAGAGGGAGGAGGAAACAGACGAGAUGGAACACACAGGUCAGUCGUACGUCUCAUCUGACCCAGAGGACUGUGACAUGAUGCAGGACUGUGUGGAGGACAGGAAGUACCCCGGAGAGGUCACGACCCCGAGCUUCAAAGUCAAGUUUCAGCCCAAGGACAGCAAGAAAGAGCUGCUCUCGUGCCCCACACCCGGCUGCGAUGGCAGCGGCCACAUAACAGGGAACUACGCAUCCCACCGCAGUCUGUCUGGGUGUCCUCUCGCUGAUAAGAGCCUUCGGUCCCUCAUGGCGGCCCACACUCCUGAACUCAAAUGCCCCACGCCAGGAUGCGACGGUUCGGGUCACAUCACAGGAAACUACGCCUCUCACCGAAGUCUCUCUGGGUGCCCGCGUGCCAAGAAAAGUGGAAUUAAAACUCCUACCAAGGACAACCAGGAGGACUCGGAGCUUUUAAACAGAUGCCCCGUGCCGGGCUGCGACAGCCUGGGCCACAUCAGCGGCAAGUACGCCACGCACCGCAGCGCCUACGGCUGCCCGCUGGCCGCCCGCAGGCAGAAGGAGGGCCUGCUGAACGGGAUGCCCUUCAACUGGAAGGCCUUCAAGACAGAGGGCCCCACCUGCCCCACCCCCGGCUGUGACGGCUCCGGACACGCCAACGGCAGCUUCCUCACACAUCGCAGCCUCUCAGGAUGUCCUAGAGCCUUGUACGCCAAGAAGAAGGCCAAGUUCCCCUCCGAGGAAUAUAUGAGCACCAAGUUCAGAGCCACUGAUGUUCUGGACAACGAUGAGGAGAUCAAGCAGCUCAACAGAGAGAUAAACGACCUCAACGAGUCCAACAACGAAAUGGAGGCCGACAUGGUCAACCUGCAAACUCAGAUCUCUUCCAUGGAAAAAAACCUAAAGAGCAUUGAGCACGAGAACAAGAUGAUCGAAGAGCAGAACGAGGCCCUCUUCAUGGAGCUGUCCGGUCUGAGCCGGGCCCUCAUCCGCAGCCUGGCUAACAUCCGCCUGCCGCACAUGCAGGAGCCAAUCACCGAGCAGAACUUUGACAACUACGUCAGCACCCUGACCGACAUGUACACCAACAAGGAGUGCUUCCAGAGCCCGGAAAACAAGGCCUUACUGGAGAGUAUCAACAAGGCUGUGAAGGGCAUCAAAGUGUGAGGCUCGACGCGCGGCACAGGAGGGAGUCUGAAACGGCUGCUGAAGCUGGAGAGCUGGACGCAGCGGGGAUGGGAGGGAGUUGGAGAGAUGCUGAAAUGCUCGACGAUAUAUUUAAAUAUGAUUCAAAAACAAAAAGGGAAUUCAGGUUACUUAAAUAAACGGCAAAUUUUCAAAUAAAAUCAACCCAGGGAGCACCUCUGUUGAAGAAAAAGCGACCAAAAUCCACAUCAUGCUGCUUCUGAGAUUCAGAGGAGGAAACCUUCAAGUCAGAGUGUUUGGAAAAGCAGGAAUAAUGUUUGUAGGAACUAGAUCCGAGGGGCUUCGACGUGCCGUAUGUUUACCUGCUGAGUCUGCUUCCAACGGGGCCGGAACGCCGGAACGAGGAGGCGGGAUCUGCUUCCGGACGACGGGACUUUCGCCGCUGUCCUGUAGCAUUGGCUGGGAGGGGAGGAGAGGGGGGGGCUCACCAGCUGUGUGAUCCACAACCACUCACGCCUACACGUGCACAUACACACACUUCUCACACACAUCCCAGCGAAAUGAGAGACAUGCUCACCUGAAUGUGUGUGUCUGCAGCGGUGAGGCAGAUCUCAGAGCAGCCUGGAUACUCAGCAGACCAAACCCUCUCUGUUUUUUUUUCUGGAAUGAUGAUAGGAGUAGUGUGCACACAUCUCAGCUUCGGUUAGUCAUAUCAAUAGUAUUUAUCAACAUAGGAAUUGCACUUCAUUUCAAUGAAUAGUUUUGUGGUACGAUAAUUAUUGUUAUAUAUGAAUUAUUUAAACUUGUGAACUUUUAAAUUGUAACUUAUUGCCCUUUAUGUUAUUGAGGUUUAUUUAUUUAAAGCAAUCUAUUUAUUAAUAACUUUGUUUUGUAAAACAAACCAACAAAAAAAAAAUGCAACUUUACUGAUAACCGAUCUGCAGAUGUCUUAAGAAUCUAUAACGACAGACGAGGCGUAUUUUUUAUUUAUUUAUUUAAUUUUUUUACUUUUUACGUGCAGAUGUUUUAUAAGGAAUCAAAAUUCUUUUGAUAAUUUUACAAGAAAAUGAUCUUUUUGGGUUUGUUUUUUUUUUUCUUUUCUUGUUUUCCUCCGUUUUGUUUGUGCUUUUUUCUGUUGCUGCUACAAAACCCCCCACGGGCCAGAGGGAAAAAAGAAAACGCAAAAUGAUGUAUUUAUUAUUUAUUUAAUGAGAAAGAAGUCGACUGAUGUGUAUUUAUUUUGUUCCUUAUUUAUGUGCGUGUUGUGACGGUUGAGUCUGAGUAGUUAAGAAAAAAAAAAAAGAUUUAAAAAAAUAAUAAUCCACUGCUAAUACUUAAAUAAAGAAACGACAUCAAUACCAGUACUGUUUGAUUGCUUAGGCGUGUACUUAGACAAACCAGCAGCUGAUUGUAAACCCAACAGAAGCACUCACUUCUCUGUUACUGUCACAUUUCUGUGUUUUAAUUUGCUUUCUGUCAGGUGAAGAAAAGACAAAAAAAGCUUAAAAAGAAAAAAAAAAAAGUAAUUUUUGUACCUCUCCCAAGCUCUUUGUAGCGGCCAGCACUGGCUCACCCAGAACCUCUACGAUGCGCCGAGGCUGCUUGGCGAAUUAUUCUCUGAUCGUCCGUAAAACUGUUCCACACAGAGCGCUUUUCCGGGCCGUGUUUCAGCCUGGAUGCAUGAUGAUUCCUAAAAUACACUGCGACAUAUCCAAACCCUUGAGGAUACGAUAAGGUCCUUUCUAUCUUUGACUAACUUCAAAACAUACACACCCUUGUAGCCUUACUCUAGAUUUUAAUUUUUUUUUUCUCAAUGCACAAAGUGCCACUGAUUAAAAAGAAAAGAAAAAGAGCAAAAAAAAAAGAAAAAGGAGAGCUUACUUUUUUCCUGAUUCUCUGCAUCUCUGCAAUGUAAGAAUGUCUGGUUGCCCGGGACGACCACGGCAUCGAGAGAGAACGCGGAUUGUUUCAAAAUGCCUUUAUUUCUCUGCCAAGAUGGCCAUAAGUACACUAUAUAUACAUUCUGUACAAAUAGAUUUUAAAGAAGCUAUAUAUAUGAAUAUAAACAUACAUAUAUUUUUCCAGUGUAAUUGUUGACUUCUUCUUCUUCUUCUCUUGUAUUAUCAGAAGCUGUUCAGGCGAGACGUUAAGGGUGCGUCAUGGUGAGGAGGCGGUUGCUCCUUCUUUAAUAUCACUUAGACCUGCUCAACUGUGGCUUUAAACAUUCAGUCAAGCUGAAGUCGUUGAUGGUUAGUGGAACAGUACUUUUGGAUCCCGUCAGUUUCCUUCCUCCCCCCCCCCCCGUCUCGUUUUUUUCUUUUUUCUUCUUUUCGUCCACCUGUCUCGUCUUUGGCCCGAAGGUGUGCUAAACAUCAGCUGCAUGUUUACGGCUGAACCUGAAUCCUAAGUGUCAGUGUGAGUUCAUGUAUAGUGGAAAAAAAAAAGACGAUGCCUCUGAAUAAUGUUCUGCACAUUGUGUUCAGCGACGUUGUGCAGUUUCUGAAUAUUCUUCUUCUUUGUGUGUUGUUCAUGGUAAAGGCCUGCUCGCUCCGAGCUCUUUCGUGUUCAGACAAACCAGUAGGAGACGUUAGUGUGACCUGCCUUUGGGGUGAAACUAUUCCCAUGUGUAGCUCUGAUGUCCAAGGCAUGUUGUAAAUGUGCUCUUAGCCAGCGUAGAAUGUGCACUUUCUGAGUAACUCGUCGAAGAUGCCAGCAGUUGAAGUCGGACAGAUCUGAGAUCAGGAAAUUUCCUGUGUUUUCUCUGAAGAGUUUCAUGAAAUGAUUAUUAUUACUUUUUAUGUUCUGGAGGCCUUUAUUUAACAGCGGUCAGACGGGAGAAGCGCGUUGUGAGACAAGACAUGCGGCAACAGGCCGAGACUCGAAUCUGCAACGGCCGCGAGAGCUAAAGGUCUCCGUAAAUGGGUCGCGCGCUCUACCCCCUGAGUUUCAUGAAAUUAAAGGAUUUUCUUUUUUUCAAAUUCUGGGAAACCAAAAAGAGAGAGUGACGGGAAAGGAGUUGCUUGGUUCUCAGGUGACCUGCGGCAGAGCGGAGCAUAGCCACAGGUCGAGCAGUCAGCUGAGGCCAGAGGCGAUAGCAGCGGCUGGAUCAAGGCCUCGUGUGAAAUGAGACGAGCGCGUGGGAGUGGAAAAUUGAUUUGCCGGGCUGCACAGCCUCCCCUUUUGUUGUCGGAGGAGGCGUUUGUUGCAUAAAUAUGUGGACGUCACUCAAGAGAAUGUUAAAGCUUUUCCUGACUUUUUAGCCCUCCUCCCAACCCCCGCUCCCACCCCCCACCCGGUCGCUCCAGCCCCUCUUUACCCUCUCCCGGGUCUUCUUUGCGUCUUUCCUCAAGAAAGAUUGCUUGGAUGCAUUUGGUUAACAAAGUAGUGUAUUUUUUCCUCUUGAAAUGCACAAGAAUUCUACCCCGAGAGUGUUAAGACUGUGAAUAUUCUCCUAACCUAUUUGAUAUGGCAUGACCCCUUUUAAACUGCUUGAUGAAAUUGUCUACUGAGAUAUGUAAAUGAAGAACACUGAGGCCAUGAAAGCAGAGCGUUUUAAGAAGAAAAAAAUUUUUGAAAAAGUCAGCUAAGAAAGCGAACUCAGCCCACGGUCGGUCCUGCACCCACGCACUGUAUGUUUUCCUAUUUACAUAGAAGUACCGAGUGAUGGAGUCAGUUUUAUUGUUCUGAUCGGAAAAAGAGCAUUUAACAAGACGGGGCUCCGUUUUUUUUCCCCCCCACUUUUCCCCCUCUCUCAAUUUUAUUUGAUGUGACGACACUUUUCAGGGAAUUCAGUCAACACCAAAAUCCAAAUGUGAGUGUGAAGGGGAGAUAUAUAAGGAGAGACAGAGAGAGAGAGAAAAACUGAGUGGCACUUUUUCAUCAGGCUGUCCAAAAUAUAACAAAACCAAAAGAAACCCCCAUUUUUUCCCACCUCCCCAGCCGUAGUUCUCAGAUAUGUGUGGUCUUAUCAUGUGUGCCUUUCUCCCUCCACUCAUGUCAACAUAUGGUAUGUUUACACCCAUUCAAUUACUGCUGAAAAUCCUCGGUCCUGAUCCAGAUGUCUGACUUUCAGGGGGAAACGGGUGGGGGUGGGUUAACGGUUUUACUCUGUGGAAUAAAGCGUGUCAUCUUCUGUCCGCUGCAGACAGAGAGCACUCUGAGUAACAGGGGAAAACUCAAAGCUUUUGUCUCUCUGAAGAAACUGUGAUCUCAUUCUGUCGAUUCAGGUACCACAAACUGCACGGACAGUUUCUGUGAAGGGAUCUGAAGCUCGGCAGUCAUCUCUAGAUAAUGCAUCAGAGUGCAGGGCAUUAUUUUGACAUAAGUGGAAAGAGUUUCUGUACAUAUUUGUAUCCAGACAAAAAAGAAAAAAAAAAAACAGUGUUAUUUGUUGUUGUAUCGAAGUUGAAAAUGGUUUCGAAACUAAUAAC